AUGGUAAAGAUUUUGGCAACAUAUAAUGAUGAUGUUGCUAAACUUGUUCUAGAAAAUGCUCCAAAAAAUGCCAAGUAUACCUCACCACAAAUUCAAAAGGAAAUUUUGCAUGUUCUUGCUAGAAAAGUGAGAAGUACGAUUCGUGAAGAUAUUGGAGAUGCCAAGUUUUGUAUUCUUGUUGAUGAAGUACGUGAUGAUUAUAAGAGAGAACAAAUGGCUCUUGUUCUAAGAUUUGUUGACAGAGAUGGUUUUUUACAAGAACGUUUCUUUAAUAUUGUGCAUGUUAAAGAUACAACUUCAUUGACUUUGAAAAAUGCGUUUUCUACAGUUCUCUCUCAUUAUAAUCUUAGUGUUCAGGAUCUUCAAGGUCAAGGUUAUGAUGGUGCUAGCAAUAUGCGCGGAGCAUGGAAUGGCUUGCAAGCAUUAUUUCUUAAUGAUUGCCCUUAUGCAUAUUAUGUGCAUUGUUUGGCUCACCGACUACAACUAGCAUUAGUUGCAUCAUCUAGAGAAGUUAUCCAUGUCUAUCAAUUCUUUUCAAAAUUAAACUUCAUUAUCAAUAUCAUUGGAGCUUCUUGCAAACGAAAUGAUGAAUUACAAUCUGCUCAAGUUGCUGAAAUUGCCCAUUUGAUAGCUCUUGAUGAAAUUGAGACUGGUAGAGGAGCUAAUCAGAUUGGUUCCUUGCAACGACCUGGGAAUACUCAUUGGAGCUCUCAUUUUGAUUCUGUUUGUAACUUAAUCAGAGGAUUAGUGGAAACAAAGAAGUCAGAUGUGUAUUAUUUGAUUGAUAGAUUGAUUCGUCUUGUCUUAACUCUUCCAGUUUCCACGGCAACUACAGAAAAGGCAUUUUCAACUAUGAAAAAUGUCAAAACCAAACUUAGCAAUAAGAUGGAGGAUGAGUUUCUUGCAGAUUACUUAAGUAUCAACAUUGAAAAAGAAAUUGCUGGGACUUUUAGUUCAGAUUCGAUAAUAGAUGAUUUUUGUUCUUUGAAACAUCGUCGAGCUCAACUUUUGUAG